AUGCCUGGCAUUCUUCCCAUGAAGGUCAUCAAAGUCGGCGGAAACUCCCAAACCCGAAUCGCUCAGGCAUGCGACCGAUGUCGGAGCAAAAAGAUCCGAUGCGACGGCAUCCGGCCCAGCUGCUCGCAAUGCCUCAACGUCGGCUUCGAGUGCAAGACUAGCGACAAGCUGAGCAGGCGCGCCUUCCCUCGCGGCUACACCGAGUCACUUGAGGAGCGUGUCCGCCAGCUGGAAGCCGAGAUCCGCGAGUUGAAGGACUUGUUGGACGAGAAGGACGAGAAGAUCGACAUGCUGUCGCGGAUACACUCGCAUUCGCCCCAGUCAAUGAGCGCGAGUCGGAAAUCUUUGUCCUUAUCACCUGGGCCGGCGUCGCCGAAAGAAGAGGUGGAUAAAGAGGACCUCUUCAAGAUUCAACAAUCGCCUCUACUCCUCGAGGACGGCUCAGCAGACUCCUACUUUGUCGGAACGUCGAGUGGAAGGACAUUGAUUGAUGCUUUCAAUCGCCGUAUCCAAGAGAGCGGGCGGACGUUCCCCGCGAUCAAGCCCGAGGGAUUCCUCGACUCGGAAACCAACUUGCCGCCUUCGACAUACAGGGAAGACCCUGUGUGUUGGAAGGCUCCGCCGCGUAUGGUGUCUGACCAAAUGAUCAACAUCUUCUUCCAGGAGUGGGCGCCGCUCUUCCCAGUGCUGCACCGGCCUACAUUCCUCGGCUUGUACGAGGAGUACGUCAACAGUCCCGAUACCAUGACCGACAGGAAGUCUCUUGCUCAGCUCAAUCUCGUGUUCGGUAUUGCGGCACUUUCUAGCGAUUCCGCCGACAAGGCGCACCUCGACUCUUUUGAGGCGCAAUGGCAGGCAGCUCUCGACUCGUUCCUCAACGACAGCUCGAUGGCUACGAUGCAGUGCCUUGUCCUCGCGCAAAUGUACUGCGUGCAGAAGGCCGACUAUGCGCGCCUGCUGAAGUACAAGGGUAUUGCCAUCAGUCUCUCGUACCGCCUUGGUCUCCACCAGUCUCAGAAGCGCUUUGCGCUCGGAGCUUUGACCGGUGAGACCAGGAAGAAGGUGUUCUGGACCCUGUACACCCUUGACUGCUUCACCGCCGCACAGCUCGGACUCCCGAAGCACUUGAAGGAGGAGGAUGUCCACUGUGAAUAUCCCGUCGAUGCUGAUGACGAAUAUGUUACCGAAAAGGGGUUCCUGCCAUCCCUUCCGGGCGAGUUUACCAAGCUGUCCAGUGCUCUUGCUCUGUUCAGGGUAUCUCGUAUCAUCGCCAAGAUCCUUACCGAGAACUACCAGGCUUCGCCAACCUACGAUAUCUCUCUCCGCAAGCUGACGGCCCAGUCUGAUGAGCUUGAGGAGUGGUCGAACUCUCUUCCGACUCAUCUGAAGCUUCAGUUUGCACAGGACAAGCCAAGCACCAAUGUGAUUAGCAGCCGUUCGCCAAUUUUGUCCAUGGUCUAUCACUACAUCCGGACCCUCAUCUGGCGUCCAGCUGUCUGCGCUAACCUUGGGAGCAAGGGCUCGGCUGCUGUUGUGGCCCUUGCCGCUUCGUGCAAGCACAUAAUCCAGAUCAUCCAGUUGCUCGAGGAGAGGACCCUGAGCUUUUCCCUGUGUAUGAACAGGAAUAGACUCCUCGUCGUUUCCGGAUUCGGCUUGAUGUUCCAGAGUCUUGAGGUGGACCAGGAUGGCAAGCUCGUCAAGGACAACCAGAAGCUCAUGGCUGUCAUCAACAACUUCCUCGAUCGGUCGGCUGCUCCCGGAGCCGCUGCGUUCCGUCGUGUGGCCAAGUGUAUGACUGCACGGCCCGAGCAGCGUGCUGCGCCAAAAAGCCCGUCUAAUGCGCCGAGCACGGCCACGCCUCAGGACGCAAUCCGGUCAACUCAGAAGCACUUGAAGGCCAUAGCUUCCCGCUUCUCACCGCAACGCCACCAGAGCCAGGAAAGUGUGCAGGAUAUGGCCCGUCGCGCAACGCUGCCCAACCUCCAGCACAGCAACCAGAGCGGCAUCAGCAUACACUCUGUGAAUUCCGAGCCUGGCGCUCGCUCUGAGCCCACGCUGUCGCCAGUUGCUCACCGCGCCUCCCUUGGCGCUUUGCCCGCAAACAAGGUCCGCCGUCCCAGUGGUACCGGCUCGAUUCCCAACUUGGAUUACCUCUCCUUCGGCGUCGAUCCCACUACCGUUGGUGCCUACACGAUCAACCCGCCAGCGCCCAACGGAAAGACGGACAGCAACGAGUGGGAGCGCCUCCUCAGCGGCAUCGACAAUGGAACAACGAACAUCUACGACAGCAUUUACGGCGGGCCGCCAAUGGAUGCGCUAAACGACGUUCCCCCGCUUUCCGCGGCGGCCGAGGCUAACCUGGCAUGGUCGCCCAGCAUGUGGGUGGGGCCGACGGAUCAGCCGCCUCCACAAAGCGUGCUCAGCUUCUCGGACGAGAGCUUGACUAGUGGAAGCGACGAAUACGCGUGUGAUUUUGGCUCCAACAGCUCCGAUACUUACCGCGGCCUGGUGAUCCCUGACCUCAGUCCUUCGGGCACUGCCGGCAUGGUCAGUCUCGACGGCAACUUUGGGCUCUAA